GAGCAAAGUAUCAUCAUCUCCAACUAAUUCUAUUCCUAACUCAUCAAACAAUGCAUCUAUUGAGUACAGUUCUCCUAACAUAUCACAUAUGUAUGCAGAAGUUCAAAGGCAUCCUAAAAAUCCAUAUGAGAAGUUAAAAGGUCAGUCAGAUUCAGAUCAUGAUACUGAUGAAUAUGAUGAUCCAGAUAAAUUUCGAAGGAACAGAAAACAAUGGCCAAAUUUUCAGUCUGAUUUAUAUGAACCACCUCCAGUUCCAGAAAAGCAAAAUAUUUAUGAUGAUGAUUUGGCAUCUAUUCCUGAAAUAUCUCAUAAUCAAGAACAAAAUGAAGAUUUAUCAAAUACAAUAGCUGGCCAAGCAGUUGCUGGAAAUGUUGCUUCUGCUGAAAUACCUUAUAUGACUCCACCUGUAUCUCAGUCUAAUAUUAUUUCGAUAGUAACAUCUCAAGAAGAAAAUAAUUUUCAAGAAGCUCCUUACACAAUCAUUAGUGUGAGAGAACCUUUGGCAAAAGUUCGGCAACAAACUAAGCAGAAAGGAAGAGUUCAGGAUUAUCAGGCAAAAUACAAUGAAAAUGAAAAUUAUUAUUCUGAAGUUACUGAAGAAGAACAGAUGUAUGCAGAAAUAAAUUCUGCACAAGAAACUGCACAGUUUUCAGAUCAAAGAAAUUUAGAAUUACCUCCAGCACCACCGACUGUAGAAAGUUUAAAAUCUGUAGCUCAAGCUCAUUCAAGACAAGCAUCGAUAGCAUCUACAUCAUCCAGUGGAAGUUGUGUGCCAAAUGUAUUAACCUCAGGGACAUCUGCACCUUCUCCAACAGAUAUGAAUGGAUUGUACUCAGUUGUUGAUAAAUCGAAUAAACAACGAAAAACCAUACACUUGGGAGAGGGUGCAAGCUUAUUAAAUUUUAAUGAAGCUGGGACCAAAAUAGAAGAUAUGUAUGCUAAAGUGCGAAAGAAGCGAGUGCAGUCAGUGAGAUGUUCAUCCGAUGCGGAUGACAGUAAUAAAUUUGAAGGCAUUUCUGAUGAUGUGUUCAAUGUAUCGACUCCUGUAUGGAUACCGCGCAGUCCAAAUGGAGAAGAAUUUUUUACAAACACUAAUCUCUAUGUACCUGCGGUUCCAGUUCAUUCUGUUGAAGCAGAUUAUCCACCGAAAGAUUGGAAUGAAAAUGUCGAACCUGGAUAUGAAGCUAUUAAAAAUCAGAAAAAAGAAGAAAGUGAACCUGAUUAUGAAAAAGUAAGGGAAGAUUGUGAUGAUCCUCUUUAUGAAAAAAUAAGGCAGCAACCACAAAAUGGAAAUGGUGAACCAACAUAUGAAAAAUUAAAACAAAGGACUAAUAGGAAAACAGAUGAAAUAGAACAAUCAAGAAUUGAUAGCAAUGCAUCAAUCAAUAAUUGUUCUGGAUCGCUAGAAGAUUCUGAUCCUGGAUAUGAGGAAGUUAAAAAAAUUCAAAGAUCAGAUAGUGAUGCUACUGAUCCAGGAUAUGAGGCUGUGAAAAGAAGUCUUUGUGAUGACCCAGAUUAUGAAUCUGUUAAAGUGAAUAACAACAUAGAUUCUAAUGGCCCAAAUAAUUACAAAGUAACACAAAGUGUAGAUUUUAAUGGGAUAUCAUCCUGUGAUGAAUCGGAACCUGGGUAUGAAAGUGUUAGACAUAAUGAAAACUUACCAGAUGACGAGGAUCCAGACUAUGAGAGAGUUCACAGAGCAGAGAGUGAGGUAGACCCAGGUUAUGAAAGAGUAGGUCGACAUAAUGUUGAAGAUCCAGAUUAUGAGAGAGUCCAGCAUUGUGAAAGUGACUUUAGCGAUCCAAAUUAUGAAAGAAUAGAUAGGGAAGAAAUUGACUUCACAGAACCAGGAUAUGAAACUGUAAAAUAUGAUCAAGAAAAUAUACAAACUGAUACAAGCACAAGGCCAAAUUCCUUUCCAAACAGUUCAACAGAUUGUAAUUCUAGACGGAUUGAAGUUUCUAUAUAUUCAAAAUACACUCGAACACACAGUUGCAGCGAGCUUACUAACAGUGACGAACAAGGUAUAUCAAUUUCCAACGAAAAUCACACCGAGUUAUCAUCCACCACACAUACAUCUGUGAUAAUUAAUAAAAAUGAAGAGGUCAUAGACGACCAGAAAUUUCUAACCCAUGAUGCAUUUCAUAUUUUUAUAGCAUCGAUAGCAUCUACAUCAUCCAGUGGAAGUUGUGUGCCAAAUGUAUUAACCUCAGGGACAUCUGCACCUUCUCCAACAGAUAUGAAUGGAUUGUACUCAGUUGUUGAUAAAUCGAAUAAACAACGAAAAACCAUACACUUGGGAGAGGGUGCAAGCUUAUUAAAUUUUAAUGAAGCUGGGACCAAAAUAGAAGAUAUGUAUGCUAAAGUGCGAAAGAAGCGAGUGCAGUCAGUGAGAUGUUCAUCCGAUGCGGAUGACAGUAAUAAAUUUGAAGGCAUUUCUGAUGAUGUGUUCAAUGUAUCGACUCCUGUAUGGAUACCGCGCAGUCCAAAUGGAGAAGAAUUUUUUCCAAACACUAAUCUCUAUGUACCUGCGGUUCCAGUUCAUUCUGUUGAAGCAGAUUAUCCACCGAAAGAUUGGAAUGAAAAUGUCGAACCUGGAUAUGAAGCUAUUAAAAAUCAGAAAAAAGAAGAAAGUGAACCUGAUUAUGAAAAAGUAAGGGAAGAUUGUGAUGAUCCUCUUUAUGAAAAAAUAAGGCAGCAACCACAAAAUGGAAAUGGUGAACCAACAUAUGAAAAAUUAAAACAAAGGACUAAUAGGAAAACAGAUGAAAUAGAACAAUCAAGAAUUGAUAGCAAUGCAUCAAUCAAUAAUUGUUCUGGAUCGCUAGAAGAUUCUGAUCCUGGAUAUGAGGAAGUUAAAAAAAUUCAAAGAUCAGAUAGUGAUGCUACUGAUCCAGGAUAUGAGGCUGUGAAAAGAAGUCUUUGUGAUGACCCAGAUUAUGAAUCUGUUAAAGUGAAUAACAACAUAGAUUCUAAUGGCCCAAAUAAUUACAAAGUAACACAAAGUGUAGAUUUUAAUGGGAUAUCAUCCUGUGAUGAAUCGGAACCUGGGUAUGAAAGUGUUAGACAUAAUGAAAACUUACCAGAUGACGAGGAUCCAGACUAUGAGAGAGUUCACAGAGCAGAGAGUGAGGUAGACCCAGGUUAUGAAAGAGUAGGUCGACAUAAUGUUGAAGAUCCAGAUUAUGAGAGAGUCCAGCAUUGUGAAAGUGACUUUAGCGAUCCAAAUUAUGAAAGAAUAGAUAGGGAAGAAAUUGACUUCACAGAACCAGGAUAUGAAACUGUAAAAUAUGAUCAAGAAAAUAUACAAACUGAUACAAGCACAAGGCCAAAUUCCUUUCCAAACAGUUCAACAGAUUGUAAUUCUAGACGGAUUGAAGUUUCUAUAUAUUCAAAAUACACUCGAACACACAGUUGCAGCGAGCUUACUAACAGUGAUGAACAAGGUAUAUCAAUUUCCAACGAAAAUCACACCGAGUUAUCAUCCACCACACAUACAUCUGUGAUAAUUAAUAAAAAUGAAGAGGUCAUAGACGACCAGAAAUUUCUAACCCAUGAUGCAUUUCAGUAAAAUGAAAUAUCUUUUUGAUUUUUUUAAUUCCAAAUGAGCUUGCAAGAAUUUACAUAAUUGUAUUAUUAUAAAUUUCAUAUAGAAAGAUUUAAACUAGAUAAUUGGUGCUAAAAAGUAAUUCCAGAGAUUAUCAUCAGGAUUUAAUGAUCAUUUCAUUAGUAAUCAAAAUGUAAGUUUUGUACAUCCUUGUUUCAUUUGAUUCAGAUAUUUUAAAAGUUGUUUAUAAUUAUUUCUUGUAUAUAAUAACAGAUCAAAUGCACAUUUUGUUACACAUUAUAAUAAUUUAUAUUUAAAUGUUAAUUUUUGUGCCAUUAUAUAAAUAAUUAUUUUGAUAGUAAGUUGGCAUAUAAUUAUUGUAGUUUUUUCUGUAUAUGUGGCAAUAAUUUUUGUCUGUUUGUUUCAUAAAGAAAAUUAAAUAUAUAACUUUAUUCCAAUAAAUUAUGCAUUUCAUUGUUUACAGUGAACUACCUGAAAUUCGAGUACUGGUAACCCAAUUCUGCAUUUGAGCAAUUGUUAAUCUUAAACACUUCACUUUUAUACACUCCUGUGAAUAUCAAAAUGUAAAUCAUACAAAUAUAUAAGAUUUUAAUUUCGUAAUCCAAUGAAUUCUAUAUACAACAACUAAUUGUAUUUCAGGUUAUUCACUGUAUUUGCAUAAAUGUUUUAUGUGAAUUAUUUUUAGAUGUACACAUCUAUUUAGUGCAACUGUUAUAAACCUUAAAAGGUUGUUGAUAUCAUGUUGUGAUAAAGUUUACAUGAUAAAAUAUUAACACUUUUCCUUUGUAAUAAUCAAGGCCAGAUUUUUAGUUAUUGAUUUUUGUGCAUUCAUAUAUCUUUUAAGGUAUUUGUCCUAUAAUUUUGAAUGCUUUCUCAGUGGAAUUGGUGUUUUUGGAAGUAUAAAUUAUUAUUCAAAAAUAUAUAAAUAUAUACAUAUAAUGAAGAUUCAUGUAUUAUUAGUUAAAUUUGUGCAUUACAUGAAUGGUUAGUUGAUUAUAAUGAUUUAUAAUCAGCUUCCAGACUACUUUCAUUGUGUGUGAUGUCUUUCAAUCAAAUUUAUAUUUACAAAAAAUUGUCUGCCAAUGAAAAUUUUUAUGAUAUUGGAUCGAAAAAUGUGCAAAAUGGCUAGAAUAUUGUAAUUUAUAUAUGAAACGACAACAAGCUAAUGUAUUAUUAUAGUACAAAUAUUUGUUUUAAAAGCUUCCUAUAAGAAUAAAUAACGAAUAUUUACGGUUUAUGGAACUAUUAUGGAGAAUCUUAAUUAUCUUUUCAACAGUUUUAUUUAUAAAAUGAGAUUUUAUGGAAAUAAUAUACUUUGUAUGCCAAGGAAAUUGUUUUAUAAAUUUCUGAAAUUAAAAUAAUUUAUUUAACA